UCCGUCCGCCGGGGAACUGAGCGCCGCCGGUCGGGUUGCAAGCGCUGCGCCUCGGGCAGGACCUCCCCGGGCAGGACCUCCCUGGGCAGGACCUCCCUGGUCGGAAGUGGCCGUGAGCCAGAGCAGCAGUCCCGGGCUGGCACCCAGGAUGAGCGAGGUGGAGGCCCCGGGCCGCUUGUGGCUCGAGAGCCCCCCUGGGGGAGCGCCUCCCAUCUUCCUGCCCUCGGACGGGCAAGCCCUGGUCCUGGGCAGGGGACCCCUGACCCAGGUCACGGACCGGAAGUGCUCCAGAACUCAAGUGGAGCUGGUCGCAGAUCCUGAGACCCGGACAGUGGCAGUGAAACAGCUGGGAGUUAACCCCUCAACUGCCGGGAGCCAGGAGUUGAAGCCGGGGUUGGAGGGCUCUCUGGGGGUGGGGGACACACUGUAUUUGGUCAAUGGCCUCCACCCACUGACCCUGCGCUGGGAAGAGAUCCGCACACCAGAAUCCCAGCCAGAUACUCCACCUGGCACCCCUCCGGUGUCCCAAGACGAGAAGAGAAAUGCUGAGCCUCCGAAGAAGCGUAUGCGGAAGUCAAACCCCGGCUGGGAGAACUUGGAGAAGCUGCUAGUGUUCACCGCGGCUGGGGUGAAACCCCAGGGCAAGGUGGCUGGCUUUGAUCUGGAUGGGACCCUCAUCACCACACGCUCUGGGAAGGUCUUUCCCACUGGCCCCAGUGACUGGAGGAUCUUGUACCCAGAGAUUCCGCGUAAGCUCCGGGAGCUGGAAGCCGAGGGCUACAAGCUGGUGAUCUUCACCAACCAGAUGGGCAUCGGGCGCGGGAAGCUGCCAGCCGAAGAGUUCAAGGCCAAGGUGGAGGCUGUGGUGGAGAAGCUGGGGGUCCCCUUCCAGGUGCUGGUGGCCACGCACGCAGGCUUGUACCGGAAGCCAGUGACAGGCAUGUGGGACCAUCUGCAGGAGCAGGUCAACGAGGGCGUGCCCAUCUCAAUCGGAGACAGCAUCUUUGUGGGAGACGCAGCCGGACGCCCGGCCAACUGGGCCCCGGGGCGGAAGAAGAAAGACUUCUCCUGUGCAGAUCGCCUGUUUGCUCUCAACCUUGGCCUGCCCUUCGCCACGCCUGAGGAGUUCUUCCUGAAGUGGCCAGCAGCUGGCUUCGAGCUCCCAGCUUUUGACCCGAGGACUCUCUCCCGCUCAGGACCUCUCUGCCUCCCCGAGUCCAGGGCCCUCCUGAGCUCUAGCCCGGAGGUGGUUGUCGCCGUGGGAUUCCCUGGGGCCGGGAAGUCCACCUUUCUCAAGAAGCACCUCGUGUCGGCCGGAUACGUCCAUGUGAACAGGGACACGCUAGGCUCCUGGCAGCGCUGUGUGACCGCGUCUGAGACAGCCCUGAAGCAAGGGAAACGGGUCGCCAUCGACAACACAAACCCGGACUCCGCGAGCCGCGCCAGGUACGUCCAGUGCGCCCGAGCCGCAGGCUUCCCCUGCCGCUGCUUCCUCUUCACCGCCACUCUGGAGCAGGCGCGCCACAACAAUCGGUUUCGAGAGAUGACGGACUCCUCUCAUGUCCCCGUAUCAGACAUGGUCAUGUAUGGCUACAGGAAGCAGUUCGAGGCCCCGACGCUGGCCGAAGGCUUCUCUGCCAUCCUGGAGAUUCCGUUCCGGCUGAGCCUGGAGCCGAGGCUGGAGCGGCUGUACUGCCAGUUCUCCGAGGGCUGAGCCCCGCCCAGCUCCCCUCCACAAUAAAUGCUGUUUCUCCUUGA